AUGGUCAGCCAGCCCAGACACGGCGGCGAUGGUGGCGAUGCCGGUGCCAUGGCCAAGCAGGUUCUCCGGAAGAUUGACAGGAGACUUAUCCCACUGCUGUUCGUGACCUACGCGCUCAACUUCAUGGACAAGACCAUCCUGUCCAGCGCAUCGGUGUUCGGACUCAAAGAUGACACACACCUCCAAGGCCAAGACUACAGCUGGGUGUCGUCCGUCUUCUAUUUUGGAUAUUUCGCCUGGACCUAUCCCACCACUCUCCUCAUCGCCCGCCUCCCUGUCGCGCGGUACAUGACCGCCAACACGCUGUUCUGGGGCGUCAUCGUCGGCGUGACAGCGGCAUGCUCCAACUACGGCGGCCUGCUCACCGUCCGCUUCCUUCUCGGUGUCGCGGAGGCCACAAUAACGCCCGCGUUCAUGUUCAUCACCACGUCGUGGUACACCCGCGAUGAGAUCCCCUUCCGCACCGGCAUCUGGUUCUCGGGCAACUCGAUCGGCGGGAUGGUAGCGUCCCUCUUCGCCUUCGGCGUGGGACACAUCGACGACUCCGUCGGGCCGUGGCGGUGGAUGUUCGUCAUCCUGGGCGUGGCCACGUUCCUCUGGGGCUUCGUCCUGUGGCUCGCCCUCCCCAACAGCAUAUCCACCGCGGGGUUCCUCACCGAGGAGGAGAGGCAGUUCGCCACGGACAGGGUCAUCGUCGCGGGGACGGGCCGCACCGAGAGGACGGCCUGGGACUGGGCGCAGGCGCGCGAGUGCCUCGUCGACCCCAAGACGUGGUUCAUCUUCGGCCUCGAGAUCCUCACGCAGAUCCCCAACGGCGGCACGCAGAACUUUGCGAACCUGGUCAUCAAGUCCUUCGGCUUCACGAGCCUGCAGAGCACCCUCGUCAACAUCCCCUACUCGCUCGUCUCGGGCGGCGUCAUCAUGUUCACGGGGUGGCUGGCGGGCAGGUUCCGGCAGGCCAACUGUAUACUUGUCGCUUGUGUUGUGCUUCCCUGCAUCGCCGGCUCCGCGCUCAUCUACUCGCGCUCGCAUGUCUCCGGGGGCGUGCAGCUGUUCGGCUAUUUCCUGCUUUCGACGGGCCCCUCGGCCAUGCCCCUUGCCUUGUCACUUGUCCAGGCGAACUACCGCGGCGUCACAAAGAAGAUGACCAUGACGGCGCUGCUCUUCCUCGCUUACUGUGCCGGAAAUAUUGCUGGCCCGCAGUUCUUCAAGAGCGCCGAGGCGCCAACGUACAAUACUGCCUUCAAGACUAUCAUGAUCUGCUACUCUCUGGUCGUGCUGCUGGCGCUGGGGCUGCGGACGUACCUUGGCUGGACAAAUGCCAGGAGGGCGAGGCAGGAAGGGUUCGAAGGCAGUGCUGGGUCUGCUGGGGCGGUGGGCGGUGGCAAGGUCGUGGAUAUUGCCGGGGAUGCGAAUGCUGUGAACGAGGUUGAGCUGAGGAGUGAGGACUAUGAAGAUGUUACAGACUGGCAGACACCUGGGUUUAGAUAUCGUCUCUAA